UUUCAUUGUUUGCAUUUCAAAGAAGACAUAAGACAUUUGAAACGUAAAAUAUCAAGUAAUUGUGAAAAUGUUUAUAAUUAAACGUCCUUGUGACUGGUAUUGAGCUUCCGCUUAUUAUUAGAAUAUGACUUCAUUAAUUACCGGCAACAUCGAUUAUGAUCCAAGAGCGUAGAACGUUAGGGCAAACGGUCGUAUUUGAUGAUAUACCCUCCGAAAGAAUAGAACAACGAGUGUCUCCUUUAUCUGGUUAUAGGAGUAAACGACACAUUUAUAACGCUGCAUACCCGCGGACCCUAGACGGAAGCACAACGAUCUAUCCAAAGAGGAGCAUACCGCAUCCCAAUGAGAGUAAGGCUGAAAAAGGCACUAGAAUUUCGUCAGAAUUGGACGAAAUUGUCAGUGCGAGGGUCAAAGCAGGUGAUAAGGAGUCAAUGGAGGUAAACGGAGAGCGUAUCUAUUGCGUCAUUGAGCGUCUAGUUCACGAGAAGGCUAGAGGUGAUGGUCUCACUUUGAUUUUGUGCCACUCAAAUGGUUUCGUUAAGGAGACCUGGGACGCGACGCUAGAAGAGCUAAUCAAACAACCCGGACAUCCUAUUGAUGAGAUUUACUUAUUCGAAUGCGUUAACCACGGGCAGAGUUUCCUCCUGAAUGCCUCCAAACUUGGUUUGGUUUUCGACUGGUCGGAUUUCUCACGUGAUAUACUUACUUUUUUGACUUACUAUUUACCACAAACUUUCACUUCUGAAGAUUUACCAACAAAAUUACCCUUACAACACACACGGACAGGUCCGUGGAAGAACUUUGAGAGUACCCGCAAGAUUACCCCUAUUGGACACUCUUUGGGUGGUACGUCACUCGCAUUGGCGUAUGCAGAAGCACCCAAGCUGUUUGGACCAGACGGAUCACUCAUACUUAUUGAUCCUAUUAUACGUAUACCAGAACAUCCGUUAGAAUUUAAAGCAGGCGUGCAGCUAAAAACAGGAUUGAAGACACAGAUACCAGCACAACUCGCUCUUAAGAGGAGAGACAGAUGGGCUACCAAGGAGGAGGCCUUCAAGACAAUGACGAAAUCAGCGCUCUUUUCACAAUUUGAUAAGAGAGCGUUGCAAGCGUACGUUGAAUAUGGUACUAUGGAAGAUGAAGAUGGGAAUGUUACAUUAGUAACAGACAAACUCCAAGAAGCUGCAGUCUUUGCUGAUGAUUUGGCAUUCUUCGAAGGUAGUUCCGCAAUAGCAGAGCUGUCUACCAAGAUAAAAGUGCUAGUUGUUUUAGCAUCAAAACCAGGUCCUAUCACAGCAGUACGAGAUGAAAAAGAGAAGGAAGCUAUCUUCAAAGGCACACAAGUCGAGGAGAUAAAUUCAGGACAUUUGAUAGUACAGGAAGUACCAAAUAAACUUAGUAAAGUAAUAAACAACUUUAUAAAUAACAAACUGAGUUGUAAACUUUAAAACAUACCUUUAUUAUCAACAACCAUUUUAAGAAGAAUAUCGAGGAUGUCCAAAUGUGCAGGAGUUGAGUGUCAGCAAGCGAAUGCUAAAAUGCAAUGUCCAAAGUGCAAAGACCUUAAUAUUUCGUCCUUCUUUUGUGGACAAGAUUGCUUCAGAAAGAGUUGGUCGGUUCAUAAAGCAACCCACACACAGGCGAACGAUGUGAAUAUGAUGAAGUUAGCAGCUGCACUCAGGCAGUCUGGUUCUGCUAUUGGCGCUGGUGAACCCUUAGAAGACGGAGCAUACGACCCGUUCCCAAAUCAUCCAUACACAGGCAAACUUAGACCACAUUACCCACUUAGUCCAAAAUCUAUCGUACCAGAUUCAAUUACUAAGCCAGAUUACGCUAAAGAUGGAAACCCACGCGGUGAAAUCAGAUUGGCGAAGGGUUUAGCGACUAUCAAAAGGUUAUCUCCUGAAGAAAUCGACACAAUGAGAAGAGUUUGUCGCCUCGGUAGAUACAUACUUGAUAAAACUGCUCAACAAAUCAAACCAGGUGUGACAUCAGACGCACUUGACAAAUACAUGCAUAAACUCGCUAUCGAGAACGGUUCAUAUCCUUCCCCAUUGAAUUAUCACGGCUUUCCAAAAUCAGUAUGUAUCUCUGUAAACGAAGUUAUCUGUCAUGGUAUACCCGACAAACGUAAAUUUAAGGAAGGUGAUAUCGUCAAUUUAGAUAUCAGUGUAUACAAAGAUGGUUUCCAUACUGAUUUGAAUGCAACUUACCCAGUUGGUUCUGUUGACGAUGCUAGUAAGAAACUUAUUGAAGUUACUAGAAGAUCGUUAGAUAACGCUAUCAAGAUCUGUAAACCAGGUACACCAUUUAGAAAUAUUGGUAGUCAAAUACAACCAACCUGUGACAAGGAAGGUUUCUCAGUUGUUAAAACCUACACUGGACAUGGAGUUGGUAGGGAAUUCCACCAAGCACCAACUAUUCUCCAUCAUGAGAACAUGAGAAGCAAGGGUGAAAUGAAGCCAGGUCAGAUAUUCACAAUUGAACCGAUGGUUAACGCAAGCAAGAGUUAUCAUGUGGAUCAUUGGAAUGACAAUUGGACUGCUGUUACAAGAGAUGGUGUUAGAAGUGCACAAUUCGAAGAAACUAUUUUAAUCACUGAAGAUGGUUGUGAAGUCCUGACAGCUGCUGAUGAUUACGUACCACCAGCUGAGCAUGUUAAAAUCCCUACUAUAAAAUCUGAUCAAGAUGUUAUAUCCAUCCAAGAUAUUUAGUAGACAUAUAUGCAUUAAUUUAUAGAUUUUUCACUCUUUAUUGAGCUACUUGAACUUGUUGGUUGUGAUGCUGUAUUGGUAUCUAUGAAACUGUGCUCUACCUUUUCGAAGUAUGGUUUAGCAAGUCUGAUAUUCAUCUGUAUGGCUGAUGGUGAAAUGUUGGUAUUAUCGGUUAUUACCAAUAUGUAAGUAUUUACUGUGAGUGGUUCAAGGACUGCAUUGUAAUAUUUUUCUGAUAUUUGCAUAGAAUUGAACUGAUUGUUGAGUUUAGAGCACGAGUGCUUGAAAGAUUUGAUAAGCUGACUGAUCUUUUCGAAACGGUGUCUCGAUAAUUUGAUAUUACGGUUCGUUACGUUGAUGUAUUCCUCGUCAUUGUCAUCCUCAUCUUCAAGGUCGAUCUCUUCUUCUCCGUAUUUAUUAAGUGUCGUUUGUCCAAUAACAAGAAAAGUUGUCCUCUCGAAUAAGACAACCUCGGUUGCAUGAGCUUGUCUAGCGAAGUGUGUGAGCGCUCCAGUCAUUUUACUAGAAGAAGGGAGUAACUUUGUCACAAUUUUUGACCAUGCCUUGUAAAGUGAUUGAUCCCAUAUACUUGUCAUAAAGCACUCAACUUCGAUAUUAUCAUUGUAUUUUAUUAUUUGAUCAACAGAUUGAAAAAUUUCAUUUCUGCGUCUAUUGAAGACAGCAUAUAUGUCCUGCUUGCUAACUAAAUCCAUUUUAUUUACCAAGAUAAAGACUUUAAGGCUAUCAUUGUCCUUUCUAUAUUCUUUUAAACCUUCUAAACAUUGUGAGAACCAGCUUAAUUCAUCGCUUGAUUGAUUCGUUGGUGUCGUAACAUCAAAAACGUAAAUAAGGACGCCUACAUCUUUGAACACGUCUGCGCGUUGAUGCGAUAUAUAACUUGAUAAGAAAUUCGUUUGUCCACCGCAAUCCCAGAUGUUUAGACUGAGUGAACUGAGGAGUUGUAGUGAUUGUGCUUCUAUUGAAAGUGUAGCUUGUACGGUAGAGGUUGAAUCGCUUGAUUGGCUGUUGAAUAUAAUACUUCGCAUGGAAGUUUUACCAGAUCCUGAUUUACCCAUAAGCAAGACU